AUGGCACUGAGCACGUACUCCAACUUUGACACUACUCUUCAAAUUCCCCACUUAGAAACAAACACUUUCCAUGAAGCCAUACCAGAAGUAGCAGCACCAAACCUCCAACAUUUUCUUCCACACUCAGAUGAAAGCCUCUUCCUUUCAAACGCGCUUUUUGAGAACUACAUUGACCCAACUUGUGAUUUUCUCUAUACUCCCGAGAUCAAUCCCUUCACUUCACUCACUCAUCAUGAUGACAUUUUCCCAACUCAUGAAGAUUACAAUCUUCUCCCAUGCCCUAAACGCCAAAAGUGCUGCUACGAGAAAAACCAACAACAAGAACACGUGUUCUUUUCACUGCAAGAGCUUACUACAUCAACACUUCCAUCCAAUUUCCUAGACAGGUAUGCUGUGCCUUAUGAUAAUAACUUCUCCUUCCAAGCAGAGGAACUCCAACAACAACUCUACGAGGUUCCACAAUAUGGUAGUACUUGUGUGGAUCUUCAAUGUGAGAAGAAAGGUUGCGAGAGAAUCAUAUCUCCCCAGAGCGUAGCGGCAAGAGAAAGGAGAAGAAAGAUCACUGAGAAAACUCAACAGCUUGGGAACUUGAUUCCUGGUGGACCAAAGAUGAACACAGCAGAGAUGCUUCAUGCAGCUGCGAAGUAUGUUAAGUUCCUUCAAGCCCAAGUUGGAAUGCUUGAACUCAUGAACACAUCCGAGGAAUAUAAAGCUGAAUCUCAUCCUGAAAAUCUACAUGCUCUAGUUGUUUCUCCCUUUGUUCAAGAGAAGCUGUACACGGAGGAAAGGUGCUUUGUGCCAAAAGAAAUUGUCACCACUUUGGCAAAUCAUGAGGAUCUUCAAUCAAGACCUACCAUCCUUGAGGAUCUUAAACAGCUGAUUGGGACAGACAUUGAGAAGAAAGCAAAGAAAGAAUAA